UGUGCGCGGGGCGGAGGCCCCGGGUCAGGGAGGAAACCCGGCGCAAGAUGGCUGCGGCGGCGGCGGCAAUGGCGGCGCGGAGGAGGCGGUCUCGAAUGGGUUUGGUGCUGGCAGUCCUAGGGGUUUUCCUGGGGAGUGCGCUUGCUGUGGACAGAAGCAACUUUAAGACCUGUGAAGAAAGCUCUUUCUGCAAGCGACAGCGAAGUCUCCGGCCAGGUCUCUCUCCAUACCGAGCCUUGCUGGACUCUCUGCAGCUUGGGCCUGAUGGCCUCACGGUCCAGCUCAUCCACGAGGUCACCAAGGUGGUGCUGGUGCUGGAGCUGCAGGGCCUUGAGAAGAACAUGACUCGGAUCAGGGUGGACGAGCUGCAGCCCCUGCGGCCCCGCUACCGGGUGCCUGACGUCCUGGUGGCUGACCCCCUGACGGCUCGGCUCUCUGUUUCUGGUCGUGAUGACAAUAGUGUGGAGCUAACGGUGGCCGAGGGCCCCUACAAGAUUAUACUGACUGCGAGGCCUUUCCGCCUUGACCUGCUGGAAGGCCGUGGCCUCCUGCUCAGCGUCAACGCCCGAGGGCUCCUGGCGUUUGAGCACCAGCGUCUCCGUGGGGUCCCUUUCUCGGAUAAAGUUAGUCUCACGCUCGGUAGCAUGUGGGAUAAGAUCAAGAACAUUUUCUCUAGGCAAGGAGCAAGAGACCCUGCUGAGGGCGAUGGGGCCCAGCCCAGUGCCGCAGCUGGGGAUGGAGACAAGCAAGAGGAAACCCAGGAGACAGCAGAGAGAGAGGAGCCGGGGGCCUGGGAAGAGACCUUCAAGACUCACUCGGACAGCAAGCCCUACGGCCCCACAUCAGUGGGCUUGGACUUCUCUCUGCCUGGCAUGGAACAUGUGUACGGGAUCCCUGAGCAUGCAGAUAGCCUGCGGCUGAAGGUCACUGAGGGCGGGGAGCCGUACCGCCUGUAUAACCUGGACGUAUUCCAGUAUGAGCUGGACAACCCCAUGGCCUUGUACGGCUCUGUGCCCGUGCUGCUGGCUCAUAGCCCUCACCGCGACCUGGGCAUCUUCUGGCUCAACGCUGCGGAAACCUGGGUCGACAUCUCCUCCAACACAGCAGGGAAGACCUUGUUUGGGAAGAUGCUGGACUACCUGCAGGGCUCUGGGGAGACACCUCAGACAGACGUUCGUUGGAUAUCAGAGAGUGGCAUCAUUGAUGUCUUCCUGCUCCUUGGGCCCUCUGCCUUCGACGUCUUUCGGCAGUACGCCAGCCUCACAGGGACCCAGGCAUUGCCCCCGCUCUUCUCCCUCGGCUACCACCAGAGCCGCUGGAACUACUGGGACGAGGCUGAUGUGCUGGAAGUGGACCAGGGCUUUGAUGACCACAACUUUCCGUGUGAUGUCAUUUGGCUAGACAUCGAGCAUGCUGAUGGCAAGCGAUACUUCACUUGGGACCCCAGCCGGUUCCCCCAGCCCCGUCACAUGCUAGAGCGCCUGGCCUCCAAGCGGCGGAAGCUGGUGGCCAUCGUGGACCCCCACAUCAAGGUGGACUCUGGCUACCGAGUGCAUGAGGAGCUGCGGAACCAGGGCCUGUAUGUGAAGACCCGGGAUGGCUCUGACUAUGAGGGCUGGUGCUGGCCAGGUUCGGCUAGUUACCCUGACUUUACCAAUCCUGCCACGAGAGCCUGGUGGUCCAGCAUGUUCAGCUAUGACAACUAUGAGGGCUCCGCUCCCAACCUCCAUGUCUGGAAUGACAUGAAUGAACCGUCUGUGUUCAAUGGCCCCGAGGUGACCAUGCUCAAAGAUGCUCAACAUUAUGGGGGCUGGGAGCACCGUGACGUCCACAACAUCUAUGGCUUCUAUGUGCACAUGGCGACAGCAGAUGGGCUCAUCCAGCGCUCUGGAGGUGUUGAGCGCCCCUUUGUCCUGAGCAGGGCGUUCUUUGCUGGCUCUCAGCGCUUUGGGGCUGUGUGGACAGGGGACAACACUGCUGAGUGGGACCAUCUGAAGAUCUCUGUCCCCAUGUGCCUCAGCCUGGGGCUGGUGGGACUAUCCUUCUGUGGGGCGGACGUGGGUGGCUUCUUCAAGAACCCGGACCCAGAGCUGCUCGUGCGCUGGUACCAGAUGGGGGCCUACCAGCCCUUCUUCCGGACUCAUGCCCACCUGGACACAGGGCGGCGCGAACCCUGGCUGUUAGCACCUCAGUACCAGGAGGUUAUCCGGGCAGCCUUGGGCCACCGGUACUCCCUGCUGCCCUACUGGUACACGCUCUUCUAUCAGGCACACUGUGAUGGCAUCCCUGUCAUAAGGCCACUGUGGGUGCAGUAUCCCCAGGACGUGACUACCUUCAGCAUUGAUGACCAGUUCCUUCUGGGGGACGCGUUGCUGGUGCACCCUGUGUCAGACGCCGGGGCCCGUGGAGUGCAGGUCUAUCUGCCUGGCCCCAGGGAGGUGUGGUAUGACAUUCAGAGCUACCAGAGGCAUAGUGCUCCACAGACCCUGUACCUGCCCGUAACUCUGAGCAGCAUCCCUGUGUUCCAGCGAGGAGGGACAAUCGUGCCCCGCUGGAUGCGUGUGCGGCGCUCCUCAGACUGCAUGAAGGAUGACCCCAUCACUCUCUUUGUGGCUCUCGGCACCCAGGGUACUGCCCAAGGUGAGCUCUUCCUCGAUGACGGACAUACAUUCAACUACCAGACACGCCAGGAGUUCCUGCUGCGGCGCUUCUCCUUCAACAGCAGCACGCUGGUCUCCAGCUCUGCAGACGCCCGAGGCCACUUUGAGACACCGGUGUGGAUUGAGCGGGUGGUGAUCAUGGGCGCCGGGAAGCCUACUGCCGUGCUGCUCCAGAUCCCAGGAGCUCCCGAGAGCCGCUUGUCCUUCCAGCAUGACCCUGAGACCUCGGUGCUGGUUCUUCGAAAGCCUGGCGUCAACGUGGCCUCCGACUGGAGCAUUCACCUGCAAUAACCCAAGUGGUGGUGGAGAGUCACCUCUUCUGCCUUGCAGUCUGGCCCACCCUGGACAUCACCCUCCUUAUCCUGAGACUAGAUGCCACCUGACAUCCGCCUGAAGAGAGGGCUGUCCCUGGACUCUGAGUUCCUGUGUGACCUGCCUUCCAUGUUCCACUGUUAGUCAGUUCCCGGCCUUUCCCUCCGCCCCAUGGCCUGUGGCUCGGAGGACCCUGGACCUCGGCCUGUUUUCCCCACCCAUCUGAGCCUGUGUUGAUGCCUUGAAGAAGGUGAGGGUGGAUUUAAGGCUCCUCCUCUCCUCCCUCCCCACCUGACUACCUUCCUUCCAUUUACUUCUCCCUGGCCCUGCCCUGCGAGACUGCUGCCCCACAGAUACACUGGGACUCCCUCAGCUGGUGAGGGAGGUGAGGAUGGCGGCUGUGGCUGCUGCAGAAAUCCCUUCCCUUCCUGAUCUGUCCCUCUGGAGUUGCUGCACUUCUCCCGGGUAGUGUUGCCUCCCUGUCCCUGGGGAAGGUGUUUCCACGGCUUCUCAGUUACGAGGGAUGGGCAUUAAAUUUCUUCCUUUAUGGUC